UUUUUUACAGAAACGUCUAAAGUAAAUUUUAAUCCAAAAAUUUUCAUAUUAAAAUUUUUUGGAAAAUUAAAUUAUAAAAUUUAUUAAAAAUAUUAAAAUUUUUAAAAUAAAUAAAAAAUUCUACUUAAAAAUUAAAUAAAUUUUAAUUUAAAUUAAAAUUAUUUGAAAAUAAUAUAAAAAAAAAAAAUCAAAAUGGCGGAUAAGGAAACAUUAUUAUCUUUAUUAAUAAAAGUUUUAAAAUUGGUAUUUAAUUUAGCUGUCAUAAUUAUGUAUAGAGUUGGUGAUGGUGGUUAUUUUCUUGGUAUCGGUGGUACAUGGAAUUUAAAUGAAGAAAAAACAGCUGAUUCAGAAAUAAUUGCAUCUGGUGUAUUUGUUGGAUUUUUCAUAUAUACAGCAGUUGUAUUAGUUGCAUUCCUAUUUGGUCCAACAGAUUACUUUAAACGUGGUGUUUCUGAUACAAUUAUGAAUUUUAUUGGAGCUUUCAUGUGGAUAUCAGUUGGUGGUACAGCUUUACAUUAUUGGAAUUCAUAUGUAUCGGAACGUGAAUACCCGGAAUGGACAAGUGAAAGAGGUGUUGGUUUGGGUAUGGGUGUAAUGUGUGUAUUUACAUCAAUAUUAUAUUUUGUUGAUACAGUUGUAGCACUUUUACAUUCAACACGUUAAAUUUUAAGAAAACAAAAACAAAAUUUAAUUUUUUUUUUUUAUUAGAAAUAAUAAUUUUAUUUUUAGGAAAAUAUUUAAGUGAGAAUAAUUUUUAUUCAAAAAAAAACCCACAAUUCUAUUGAAAU